AUGGACUUAGCUAAGAAUGUAAACAAGCGCAAUGAAGAGUUACGCUGCGCUCGGAUUGAAGCUGCAGAGCAAGCGAACACCAAGUUCUACAAGCGCUACAUAAAGCGCAAGAAGGAUGAACAGCAGCGACUCAUGUACAACGCUAGGGACACUGUGUUUAAGAAUAAGGAUGCGCCGAAACUAUUGCUCAGCGCAGUCAUCGAGACAGUCAUCCAGAAGGAACGUCAAGAGCAGCUGAAGUUUAAUGCGGAACAACGACGGAUGGAGGCAGAACAGAAGAAAGGAUGACGAGGAUAUAAUAAAGAAGCGAAAGAGUGGAACGAGCUGAUGGAACUUAAGAAGAAGCGUAGGUUUGACGCCAAUAAGCAGCACCAGAAGGAAAUAUUGGAGCAGGCACACGAAAUUGCAGAGCGGAAUAGAAUUGAAUACGAAACUGAGUUGAACAUGCAGAAGAUAGACAACAUGAGGGCCGACCAGGAGAUGGCUAAUCUUAAGGAUUUCGAAGAGAAUUUCAAAGCCGAGGAGAUGGCCCGCAUCUGGUGGGACAUGGAACGUUCGCGGGCGGAGAACGAGCAGCGAGCACGCGAGCGAGCAGCGCACGGACAACUCGACGACCGGCUGCUGGAAGUUCUGCAGCGAGAACGAACGCGUGUGAAUGACAAACGACAAAGGACCGAGAGGGAGUUAAAGGAAGAGAAACUACGAGUGCUGGAACAGAUCAGUCAGAAGUUGGAGACGGGUGACGCAGCCCGCGAGGCUAAGGAACAGGCUAUCCUUGAGAAGGCUAUCAAGGAGAAAGAGGCCGCAGCUGAGGCACGUCGCGAGGCUCAGGAACGUAAGAAGGCGCAAUUCCAACAAGACAGGAUAGACACCAGGAAAAAAUACCUACGCGACGAGGAACAACGGCUGCACGAGUUCAACACGAUGCGACAGUGGGAGAUUAUGAACAGGUUCAAGAAUGCGGAACUGUACGAAGACUUCCAACAGAAGUUCAAACAAGACCGUGACCGCAAAAUAAAAGUGUACAGGGAAGAUAUUCUCAAGUUGUGGCGUGAGCGUAACGAGCGUGAAGCUAAGUCUCUAGCAGAGACGCGGCAGUUCUACGGGGCAGACGCAGAGCAGAAAAUUCGUGACGCAGACAACGAGCUGCUGACGCAUGCAGACUAUCUGCUACAAGAAGCGCGUCGUCAUCAGCGACCCGAUCGACCGCUGCGCAGAACCAUCGAUCGUUACUGCAAGUUGUAUCGACUAUAUCCAAUGCCGGAUCUACCAGCGUCUCUGCAGGAACACUUCAAGUCGUAUGCUCCGCGGGACGGCUCUAAGCCUGAUCCUUCGUACACCGCACCAGCUCCGCCACCUCCAGACCAUGGAUUAGAUGCACUGGAUCUAGAGGAUCAACCGGAUAGGAUUGAAGGCAAAAGGGAUGGUUUACAAAAGAUUGAAAAGGGUGGACGUUCUAAGCAGGUCGAGAAGAAAGAGGUAAAAUCUAACGAUGACUACAAAAGGCAGGGUCGGGCUAAUGGACUACAGAGGAGGCACGGUCAACAUGACCUUAAUCUGCCGCCCAUAACUGCGGUCCCAUGUCCGGUCGAGAGCUGUCGCUGCGAACUCAAGUAGCAGUGAUGAAAUAAAACCAAGAACAUUUACAAAAUAAUAUCUUUAUUCAUAUCAACUUUAGAACGUGUAUGUCUAUUCUUUUAAACAUAGAGAGCGUUUGUUUAUGGCACGAGUGUGAUUUUUACGUUAUCGUGUGACUAGAAACAAUGGUGGAUAUCAAAUUUAUUGUGAAAACAGUAAUAAAUGUUUGAAAUACGUCCUAAUUCGGUGAUAUUUCUUAACAAUACAAUAAUUAAAGUCGAAAUUAAACUAGCACUUACUAAUAUUAUCAAAUCUUUGGUCGUUUUGAGUGUAGAUUAUAAUCAACGGUGGUUUUUACAUAAAGAAAAACUUUCCAACUUAUUCUAUUUACAAUUCCAAAAUUAGAUAAACAGUUAAUAAUGUUAAUGGAAAAAAAUCGUAUAAGAUGUUUGUUUAUUUAUUGUAUUAUAUAUUUAUUUUAUCAUUUUAUACAUAAUUGUAUAUGUAAUUGUAUUUUC